AGAGAAACUGCCUGAGGAUUACUGGGAAAAAGGUUCAUCCAUAUUCUGAUGAACCGCAUGAACCACAAUGGAUCAGAUCUUCAUGUUCUUCAGUGGAGACACGGUUGUGAAGUUGAGCAGGAGGGAGAUCAAGUGAAGUUUAUAAAAGGCAUUGAUGAGUACGGCUAUGAUGGAGAAAACUUCUUGUCUUUUGAUGAUAGAGAGGCUCAAUGGGUCGCUCCAGUUGAAGCAGCUCUACCAACCAAGAGAAAAUGGGACAAUGUGCCGAUCCUAAACCAAUACACCAAAGGAUACCUGGAGAAAGAGUGUGUGGACUGGCUCAACAAAUUCAGAGGAUAUGGAGACGAGAAGCUCAGAAACGGCUCUCCUCCAAAUGUUUAUGUGAUUGAAAAGAAGAAUACCAAUGAUGAAACCAAGCUGAAACUCACCUGUCUGGCCACUGGCUUCUACCCCAAAGAUGUGAUGAUGAUCAUUAGGAAAAAUCACACAUCUGUGCCUGAAGAUGAGAUUGAAUCCACAGGAAUCAGACCAAACCAUGAUGGAACCUUCCAGAUGAGGAAGAGUGUGGAGAUCAAGGGGAAGGAAAAAUAUGAAUAUGAUUGUUUUGUUUCUCACAAGAGCAUCAAAGAACCAAUUAUCACCAAAUUAGAACACGCUAUUGGAUCAUUGAAUGCCAGUGCAGCUGAUGCUGAAGAGCCUUUGCUCAAGAAAGAAAUUGAUGGACAAGAGAGAUCUGGAGAAUCACCAGACAUCAGGGCGACUGUUUCCAUAUUUUAUCUCUUUCUCAUAUUUCAUUUUAUCUGGAUAUUUUGAAGCACUUUGCUCAAGAAACUAACAUCUUAGACUAAGUGCCCAACGAAAGAUCUUUUUAUUUGAAGAGAGCUGAUUUUCCAGACUCUAAUUGAAUUUUAUAAAAUUUAGCUAUUCAAAAAAAUGCAAUUAAUCAAACAUGCAAGUUUGUCUUUCUGACUUGCAACAGGAUUGUUUCCAUGAUAAAAUAGUAUUUUCAUCUGUAUUUUCUAUCAAUAUUUUUUUAUUUCGAAAAACAAAAACAAGUACAUUUUGCCAGACAUACACCGUAACAAAUGAAUAGCUGUCUCUUAAAGGGUUAGUUCACCCAAAAAUGAAAAUUCUGUCAUUUAUUACUCACCCUCAUGUC